AUGCGGCCAGAGCCCGGGAAGCUGCUGCGGGGGCCAUGGCCGCGCCGAGCCCGGGGCCCCGCGAGGUCCUGGCCCUCUCCCCAGAGGCUGGACGCAAAGCAGCUACCUCAAGUUCCGGCCGCCGCGGCCUUCUCUGGCGCCUACGAGACAAACAGCUGCGCCUGGGCCUGUUCGAGAUCAGCCCGGGGCAUGAGCUGCACCGGCUGACGUGUAUGAUGCAGGCAGGGCUGUGGGCUGCCACCCAGGCCUCUAUGGACCACCCGCCCAGGGGGCUGCCCACGGAGGAGGAUUUCUCCGAGGUCCUGACCCAGGUUCACGAGGGCUUCGAGCUGGGCACCCUGGCUGGCCCGGCCUUCGCCUGGCUGCGCCACUCCCUAGGCCUGGCUGAGGAGGACUACCAGGCUGCCCUGGGGCCCGGCAGCCCCUAUUUGCAGUUCCUGAGCACCUCCAAGAGCAAGGCCAGCUUCUUCCUGUCCCACGACCAGCGCUUCUUCCUGAAGACCCUGAGGCGCAGGGAGGUGCGGGCGCUGCUCGCCCACCUGCCCCGCUACGUGCAGCACCUGCAGCGGCACCCGCACUCACUGCUGGCUCGGUUGCUGGGAGUGCACAGUCUGCGGGUGGCCCGGGGCAAGAAGAAAUACUUCAUCAUCAUGCAGAGUGUCUUCUAUCCAACUGGCCGCAUCUCUGAGAGGUAUGACAUCAAGGGCUGCGAGGUGAGCCGAUGGGUGGAGCCGGCCCCUGAGGGCAGCCCCAUUGUCUUGGUGCUGAAGGACCUCAACUUUCAGGGCAAGACCAUCAACCUGGGGCCCCAGAGGAGCUGGCUGCUCCGGCAGAUGGAACUGGAUACCACCUUCCUCCGGGAGCUCAACGUGCUGGAUUACAGCCUCCUGAUGGCCUUCCAGCGCCUCCAGGAGGACGAGAGGGGCGAAGGCAGCCUCGUCUUCCGCACAGCCAGGUCUGUGCAAGGGGUGCAGAGCCCGGAUGAGCCCGAGGCUCAGAACCGCCGGCUGCUGCCCGACACCCCCAACGCCCUUCACAUCUUGGACGGCCCGGAGCAACGCUAUUUCCUAGGUCUCGUGGACCUCGCCACCGUCUAUGGGCUCCGCAAGCGGCUGGAGCACCUGUGGAAGAUGCUGCGCUACCCCAACCGGACCUUCUCCACCGUCAGCCCGGCUCUCUACGCCCGUCGCCUCUGCCAGUGGGUGGAGGCACACACCGAGUGA